UUUCCCCCACCAUCAUUGACAUAUAGUUUCUCUAUAUUCCUCUCUUCUACUCCUUCCCAAGACUCCCAAAAAAAAACUAAUCUUUUAAUGAAAAAUUAAUCUCUCACUAUGAGGCGAUCAGAGAGGUGAUAUCAUAUCAACAUAUAACCAUCGACGAUCUACCAUGGCUAGUAGUAGCAACAAAGGUAAAGACAUAGCAGACGGAUCGUCACAAUCGCAACCACAACCGCACCAACCACAGUCACCUCCUAACCCGCCACCGUUAAGCAGGUACGAAUCCCAGAAACGCCGAGACUGGAACACGUUUUGUCAGUACCUGCGUAACCAGCAGCCACCGGUCCACAUCUCACAGUGUGGCUCAAACCACAUACUCGACUUCCUCCAAUAUCUUGACCAAUUUGGGAAGACAAAGGUUCAUGUCCAUGGAUGCGUUUUCUUCGGACAGGUUGAGCCGGCGGGACAGUGUAACUGUCCUUUGAAACAAGCGUGGGGCAGUUUAGAUGCUUUGAUCGGACGGCUGAGAGCGGCUUUCGAGGAGAACGGAGGGUUGCCGGAGCGAAACCCUUUUGCCGGCGGCGGAAUUAGGGUUUUUCUGAGGGAAGUGAGAGAUUCACAGGCCAAGGCAAGAGGAGUUCCGUACAAGAAAAGAAAGAAGAGGAAGAAGAGGAAUCCUAUGAAGAGUCAUGAUGGUGAAGAUGGUACUACGGGAACUAGUAGUAGCUCCAACUUGCCUUCUUAGCAAGCAAACAAAAAAAAACAUAUCUACUAUAAUAAAACAAAAGUGGGAUUAGUUAAUGGUAAGCA